AAAAAGAAAUACAAAAUACUGUAGACACACAAAAAUCACACACAUUGCUUUAGAAUAAACCAGUUUGAGGGGUUUAUUACACAUUCCCAAACAAAACCCUAAAUUGAAUCAGCCUACAAUGGCUUCCAGAAAGCUCGUGAGGGAUUUUUUGCUCACCAAACAGCCCCUUAUUCGCCAGCUUAUAGCACCCCAGGUUUCGAUCCCAAGAAGAAGAUUGAGGCUGCAGACAUCAGAUUCGUAUGUGGGUUUUAUGGGUGUUCGUCAAUUGAGUUUCUUUGAUAAGUUCAAGGAAGAAGUUAACAAAAAUCCAGAGUUGGAUCAGUCGGUGAAGGAACUGAAGAAGAAAGCAGAAGAGUUCAAAGGAGUGACAGAGAAUUUGAAAGUUAGAACGAAGCAGACAACUGAGCAGCUGUACAAGCAUGUGGAUGAUGUGUUGAGAGAAGCUGAAGCUACUACAAAAAAGGUGUCCUCCAAUCUAAAGGAAAAAGUUUCAGCUGCCACAGAGGAGGUCAAAGAAUCUUUUGGGAUGGGGAAGCAAGAGUCCUCCGAAGCUAAAGCUGAUUCUAGCUCUGGAGUGAAUGAUGGUAGCAAGUCGGCCGGUGGGGAGGAUGGACAGCAAAAAUCUGGGCCUACAGAUGCAUCACAAACGUUAUACAACAAAUUCAAGUCUGGCGUUGCUUAUGUUUCCCCCACCUUGUUGUCAGCAUUUCAGAAAGUUAAGGAUACAAAACUUGUUGAUAUAGCAAAGAAAGGGUGCGACAUUGUGAAAGAAGAGUUAAAAGGCACUCCAAACAAAAAAAGGCGCUUGGAAUACACAGCUCCAGCAGUAGACCCUUUUGCAAAUAUUGAGAAAAGCUCUAGAACUGAUAUUGUAAUAUUACCUUCAAAACAAUCCCGAUGGAGUAAGAAGUGGGAAUCAAUUAAGGAAAAGCUAAAACGUAAUCCAGUAUUCAAGCGCUUUGGUGGGUUAAGCGAACCAGUGGUGACAAAGACCCAGGAGUUAGCUGAAGAUGUGCGAGAGAUGUGGGAGGUUUCUGAUAAUCCUGUUGUGCAUAAAAUUCAGGAUAUCAAUGAGAGUGUAUUUGGAGAAACAGCUGCUGGGAUUUCAUUUAAAGAAAUACGCCGCCGAGAUCCAUCUUUCUCGUUGCCAGAAUUCAGGGAUGAGGUUCAGGAAGUUGUCAGGCCAAUCCUGAAUGCUUACUAUAAAGGAGAUAUCAAAUUUCUUAAGAAGUAUUGUAUCCCUGAAAUAAUUGAGCGGUGCAGUGCAGAACACAAAGCUUUUGCAAGCCAGAAUAUUGUAGUUGAUAACAAGAUUUUGCAUGUGUCUGAUGUUGAUGUAAGAGAAACCAAAAUGUUGGGAGAAACUCCUGUCAUAAUUGUUCAGUUUCAAACACAAGAGGUGUACUGUAUACGUGAUAAAGUUGGAUCAGUUGCAGAGGGAGGUCAGGAUACCAUCCUCACCGUACAAUAUGGGUGGGCCAUGCAACGAAUGGAUGACGAAGAGACUGAAGGAGGUGCUCCUUUCCCUAUAUGGAAAUUAAGAGAGAUGCAGAAAUCUGGUUUCCAGGCCCUUAUCUAAGUACGCGUCUCCUAGCUUUUUGAUAGAUGUCACGAUGAAAGCUUCUGCUCAAGUACUUGUAUGCAGAUGAACUCAACUGUUAUUGAUUAUUUCGGGCUGGAAGUGAACACGAGGCUGUUCAUUCUCACUGGAAAACUUUGGAGUCCAAUAGGUUUGAAAACAGUGUAUGAUCUUACACUCAUCGCUCUAAUAAUUUUGUAGACAAUACAUGAAUCUUUUAGAUUAAUUCUUUGUGCAAGUUAACAGUUUCCAUCAUGGCAUUGGGCAAGUUGAUAAUUUUGUCUAAGGUUUUUCUAACAUUAGAAAUUGUGCAAUUUUUUAUAUAAUUUGUACAAAUUUCAAGGUUUUGUAACAUCUUGAACCAAAGCUGGCUGCGAGAGGCGAAUCUAUCUUGAGUUGUGAAUAGUGAUAAAUAUGUUCUCUGUUGAGGCAUGAUAUGAUUA